AUGAAAGGUCUGGUUGCAUUAAUCACUGGUGGUGCAUCAGGUUUAGGUCUUGCUUGUGCUAAACGAUUUAUAAAACAAGGUGCACGUGUUAUUAUUUGUGAUUUACCUUCAUCGAAAGGAAAUGAAAUUGUUGCACAUUGGGAUUCAAUAUCAAAUACUCCAACUCAAGAACUUGAUGAAAAUCUUGAUAAAUUGGCUGCUACAGAAAGUGUGCGUCAUGAUCAACAAGGUGGGAAAGUAGAUUUUCAAAAAAUAUUUGCAAAGGAUACUACAUCAACAAAUGAAAAUAUUCAAAAACAAGCACCAAUUUUCUUUGCGGCUGAUGUUACUAAUGAACAACAAAUACAAGAUAUAUUUAACAAAAUAAAACAAGAAUAUAAUCGUCUUGAUGCUGUACUUAAUUGUGCUGGAAUUGGUGUUGCUUUUCGAACUUAUAAUAUAAAUAAACGUGCAAUGCAUGGUCUUGAAGAAUUUAGACGUGUUCUUGAUGUAAAUACUGCAGGUACAUUCAAUGUUAUACGUUGGGCUUGUCAUGUUAUGGCUGAUAAUCAACCUGAUGCUCAAGGUCAACGUGGAGUUAUUAUUAAUACAGCUUCUGUUGCUGCUUAUGAAGGUCAAAUUGGACAAGUAGCAUAUGCAGCAUCAAAAGGUGCAAUUGUAUCUAUGACAUUACCAUUAGCACGGGAUUUGUCAAAUAUGGGUGUUCGAGUUUGUGCUAUAGCACCUGGUGUUUUUCAUACACCAAUGCUUGCUGCUUUACCUGCAAAAGUUCGACUAUUAUUGGGCAAUAUGGUUCCAUUUCCAGCACGACUUGGAAACUCUGAUGAUUAUGCUCAGUUAGCACAAGCUAUUAUUGAAAAUCCUUAUCUUAAUGGUGAAGUUAUUCGAUUAGAUGGAGCACUUCGUAUGCCACCUUAG